AUGACUCAAUAUGAUUCCCUGAGCUCGACAUACGACGUGUUUGACACGCUACCCUAUAGACAAAUGGAAUGGGAGAACGUUUACCGAGCAGUCAGCCCGUUACUACGGCCCGGAAUGAAAGUACUCGAAUUAGCGUGUGGCACUGGCUGCUACACGUCAAGAUUUUUCGAUUGGGGUGUCACGGACAUGACGGCCGUUGACAUAUCUCGUCCCAUGCUUGCCGAGGCUGCCAUUCGAGCACAUCAUCACAUCGAGGCCGGAAACUUGCGACUCGUUGCGGCAGACGGUACCGAGACUCAGUCAUUUGCACCCGACCACAGCUCGUGUUAUUUUUAUCUGGCGUUUGGCGCUUGGUUUUUAAACUACGCCGAGAACAAAGCCCAGUUGAGAGCCAUGUUUAGAAACAUGGCGCAAAACCUUCGCCCCGGCGCACCCUUUAUAGCCAUAGUGCCUCAUCCGACCGAUGAUGUGGGUGCUCGAGGUGAAAUGUAUAAUAAGCCACCGUUUAAUAGAAUGUUUCCGAGAAACAAGUAUACAGAACCUCUGGAAUCGGGCGACGGUUACGGCCUCCGGGUGCUCCUGGAUAAUAAUGGCGUCGAUUUCAUGACAUGGCACAUGAAGCGAGAGGUGUACGAAGAAGCGGCCAGACUUGGUGGCUUUCAAGGACGGUUAGAAUGGAGGCGUGAAUUUUUGCUAGAUGAUGUUUGGAAACGACGGUUUGACUUGACUAGUGAUGAGUGGCAAAUAAGGGAGGCAAACCCUCACUUUGGAAUCCUGAUUGCCUGGAAAUAG